AUGCCUGCGACUAGAGCCCCGGCGCCAGCGCCGAACUCGCUCUCACCGUCUCUCCACAGUGUCCUGCUCGACCUUCACCAAAACUCCUAUCCUCACGUACCCAAUCCUCCUAAGUGCAAGAAACGAGCCUCCGUUGCGUUGGUCCUUCGAGUUCGGCCGACCCACAAUCAGCCGCCCGAUAGGUCUUCACCAUUUCAGAACGAUACCAACACUUCCGUCCAGCAGCAGCUAGAUACCUUCUUCUCCCAGCCGUGGGUACAGAACGGAGACCCCGAGGUACUAUUCAUCAAGAGAGCUUCGCGUGUAGGGGACCGCUGGACCGGCCAUGUUGCUCUGCCGGGGGGCAAACGUGAUCCGGAAGAUGCUGAUGACCGAGCGGCUGCGAUUCGAGAAGCCUCGGAAGAAGUUGGUCUCGACCUAACAACGAACAAUUGCAUAUAUGUGGGCAAUCUGCCGGAGAGAGUGGUGACAUCCAGCUGGGGCAGCGUACCGUUGAUGGUCCUGUGCCCCUACGUUUUUCUCUUGACCGAUUGCGAUUCUCCUACCCUUUCACUACAGCCCACGGAGGUGGCAUCGACACACUGGGUCUCUCUAAAUGUCCUCCUGUCUCCCUCUUCACGAACGGUGGAACAUGUGGACAUGACUCAGCGGCUUGCAAGUACUGGCGGACUCAUGGCCCGCCUCGCAAGCCGGUCUUUGAUGGGCUACAUGCAAUUCUCCGCGAUACAGCUCAAUCCUACUGAGACUUUGCAAUGCAGUAUAAACCUUAGACAAAGUAUUGGAAGCGCUCAAACAAUGACAUGGCUGCAGAAAUGUAGAUCAUGGUUCUGCGGAGAGCAGCGAGCUUCAAAUCAGAGCUCGCCGCUUCUUCUUUGGGGCUUGACACUCGGUAUCUUGGCCGAUUUUCUGGAUAUGCUCCCACCUCACACAGCUGUCCAGCUCUGGAACUACCCAAAUUUCACCUCGCCGGACUUGCGCUUGAUUGUGAAUCUCCUUACCUAUCAGGUACGGAAACGCAAUAUGCACCAAGUCAAAUUUGGUGCGCGGCCUGAGCCAAACAACACGGCCAUUGAUGCCGAAACGGCUGCCUUGCCAGUUGAGGAAGAGAGAGAUGAUCGUAAUCAAGUGGGCAUAGGGGGCCUUGGAGUGGGAAGGUACUACGGACCGUCGGACAGCCCUGAUGGGACCGCAUACGCCGUGGGGAUCAUGCUUCGAGGAUACUAUCAGAAGAUCCGACUAGCUCUGUAUAUCUUCGUUGCAUGGAGAGCUGCCUUGGGGUCGUUGGCGGCUUUUUGCGUAUGGAAGUACAUUCAUCGAAAACGACUGGCUGUAUAA